AUCCCCGAGGUUACAUCGACCAAACCCCCCCUCCUCUUCUCCUCGCGUCGACGCGUCCAGCCUCCCGAGAGAGAGAGAGAGAGAGAGAGAGCUGCCCGAGGAGGAGGGGGAGCGGGGAAGGGAGGCAACCGUAGCGGGGGCGUCCCGACUCGGAUCUAGAGGGGGCGCAGAUCCGGUUGGGCCAGGCGAAUGGCGUCGUCACCGGAAACGGAGGCAGCCGCGGCGGCGGCGGUGGAAGAGGAGGAGAAGGGGAAGGGGAAGAAGGAGGAGGGGAGGAGGGGCGGCGGCGGGGUGCUGGGGAGGAUGUGGCGCGCGCUGUUCGGGGGGCGCGAGGACUACGAGAAGCGGCUGCAGUACCUGUCCAAGGAGGAGGCCGCCGUGCACGCGCGGAUGCGCCGCCGGACGCAGUUCUCUCGCCGCGCCGUCCGCAACCUCAUCGUCCUCUCCGUCCUCACCGAGGUAGCAGCUAUUGUUUAUGCCAUUAUGACUACAAGAAAUGAGGAUAUAACAUGGCAAAUGAGGGCGAUCCGAGUGCUACCGAUGUUUCUCUUGCCUGCCGUAUCUUCUGUGAUAUAUUCAACAGUUGUAAAAUUUACAAGGAUGCUUGAGCGGAAAGACCAGAAGACACUUGAAAAGCUCAGAGCUGAGAGGAAGGCUAAGAUUGAUGAGCUAAAAGAGAGAACUAAUUAUUACCUCACUCAGCAGCUUAUUCAGAAAUAUGACCUAGAUCCAGCUGCAAAAGCUGCGGCAGCGUCAGUAUUGGCAUCUAAACUCGGAGAGGAAACUGGCUUGAAAGUACAUGUUGGCGAAGAACCAAAACUGGAUGCAGCAGUUGCUAGGAGGAAUGAUGCAGAGAUACUACCAUCAGAAGGGCUAAGAAACAGGAAGCAAUCCAAUGCAAGAGGUAGCCGAACUGGAAGCACCACAGCUGCUCAAACUUCAGCUCAGGGAGCAGAAUCCAGUCUAACAAGUAGCUCUGGCCUGGAAAACGUACAGGCUCCAAUGGUGGUAGAACAUUUUCAAGGCUCAGGGCCAAGUGAUGGUGGAUGGAUAGCAAAAAUCGCUGCCUUGCUCGUUGGGGAGGAUCCAUCACAGUCAUACGCUUUGAUUUGUGGAAAUUGUCAUAUGCAUAAUGGCUUGGCCAGAAAAGAAGAUUACCCACACAUUACCUACUAUUGCCCCCAUUGUCAUGCGCUGAACACAUCAAAGCAAUCCACAGGGCAAUAUUCUGGCUCUAACUCAGGCCGGUCCACACCAGUUGCUCCUGCUGAUGGAAUAUCUGCUAGCAGUUCAGUACUUGAGAGUGAAGUGAGUAACAUGACUACAAUUCAGGAGCUGAAAAAUGAAGAAAACACAGAGAAGCAAGUAGUGCAAGCAAGUUGAUCGGUGAUAAACUUACACUGCUUAUCUGUGUGAAAAUUAGCCCGUCUGUUUGGUGUAUAUUGCCGUAUUUCAACUGGUUUGAACCACAGAUGUAGCACUGCUGUAAAUUGGUAAUAUUGGCUGAUAUGAUCCACCCACAGCGGCCCAGUACAAAAUUUUGAGUCACCAUCUUUGCAUCCUUGGAUGUAUGAAUUUUGUUGUCAAUAGGGCGGAAACUGGCGAUACGAGGAAUUUUGUUGUCUGACAAUAUGAGAUUGAAAAGCUAUCGGAUGGAAUCAAGGAGUUCAACUGG